AUGCAAGAGUCUCCAGGUGCCAUGGGGGUAGAUGGCAGCUACGCCAGCAACGUGCCAGCCUUUCUCACCAAGCUGUGGACGCUGGUGGAGGAUCCAGAUACAAACCACCUCAUCUGCUGGAGCGCUACCGGGACGAGUUUCCAUGUGUUCGACCAGGGACGCUUUGCAAAGGAAGUUCUGCCAAAGUACUUUAAACAUAACAAUAUGGCGAGCUUCGUUCGACAGCUCAACAUGUAUGGUUUCCGUAAGGUGGUGAACAUCGAGCAGAGCGGUCUGGUGAAGCCUGAGAGAGAUGACACAGAGUUCCAACAUCUGUACUUCCUCCAGGGACACGAACACAUGCUGGAGCACAUCAAGAGGAAGGUAUCCAUAGUGAAGAGUGAAGAGACCAAAGUUCGUCAGGAGGACCUCAGUAAACUGCUGUAUGAAGUUCAGCUUCUCAGAACACAACAGGACAACAUGGAGUGUCAGAUGCAGGACAUGAAACAGCAAAAUGAGGUGCUGUGGAGAGAGGUGGUGUCACUGAGACAGAACCACACACAGCAACAGAAAGUCAUGAACAAGCUGAUUCAGUUUCUGUUCAGCCAGAUGCAGUCCAACACACCCAGCACUGUGGGCCUAAAGAGAAAGCUGCCCCUGAUGCUCGACGAUGGUUCUCCCAGCCCUCCUGCCUCCAAAUUCAGUCAUAAUAACCCAAUGGAGGCCAUGCACGAGCCCUUCUACAUCCAGUCGCCAUCCAGUGACACCGCUUCUUGCUCCACCAGUGGGCUGACAGGAGGACCAAUCAUAUCAGAUGUAACUGACAUGUCUCAGGCCAGCAUGGCUCUCCAGAUGCAGCCUGAUGACACCAGGGAGAAGUGCCUGAUGCUUAUCAAAGAAGAGCCCGUGAGUCCAGGAGUGAGAGGAGGAGGGAAAGGAGGAAGUGUAGGAGGAGGAGAGGCUGUAGCAUUGACCUCCUCCUGUGAGGUGUGCUCCUCAGAACCUCCUGUCCUCCCCGUCGCAAUGGUCCAGUCUGUUCUGGAGGGGAGGGGCUCGACGGCCUCUAUGAUAGAGAGGAGGAGUAAGAGACCUGCCCUGGACAGAGUGGAGGUUUCAGAUGCAGUGGAGAACGUGGAUAUGAGCCUGGAGGAGCUGCAGCAGCUGUUGCUCAGGAGCCACCAACAGAGCACUGUGGAAGCUGGGACCAGCGCCGUUAUGGAUCCCUUCAGUUUAAGCCUGCCUCUGACUGAGUGGAACUUCACAGAAAUGGAGUCCAACCUCAAAUCAUACAUGUUCCAGAACCAGGAAGCGGAGGCUUUCCCAGCUGCUGGAUGCGAGGAACAGUGAUGGAUCUGAACUGUGGACUGUCCUUUCUGAAGUGCCACAGAAGCUGCUGGUCCCUCAUUCCACCCUGCAUGAGUUUGAUCCCACGGCCCUGCCAGGCUGUUUCACACACGUGGCUUCACUUUCAUUCUUUUACAUCCACAUACCUACAAAAUGCAGCAAUGAAAAAAGCCUGUAUAGAUUUUUUUUUUUUUUUUUAAACGAACUGAUCAAAGUUCUUAUAUCAAGACUCCAGUAUUUAAGCCAGCUGGAUGCAGACAGUGCAUUCUUGGCUCCAGCACUUUAGUCUUUGUGUGAGAGGGAGUUCCUGCUUGUGGAAGUGACUUUUUCUUCCUAUAAAGAAUCUAUUACGGAUGUAUACAAGUGAAUAUUUUUAUUAUUUUAUCCUUAUCACAGAAAUACUGUACUUGUACCCAAGAGCAAACUUUGGCACAAUAGUCGCUGUGGAAAACCAUCUUGGAGGGGCAUUGUAGCAUAUAUUACAAGUUAUGUGAUUUUAUUUUUAUUUUUAUUUUCUUUCCGUCUGUGUAAGGGUGUAGAAAAUUGAAGGGCUCCUCAUAUACUUCAUGCAUUUCAAAUCAUUUUAAAUGUGUUAAGAUAGAUGAGAGGUGAGUUCAGUAAUAUGAAAGGUUCUUCUAGCAAAACUAUGGAUUCAAGCCACUCUAAAAUCCAUUAAGAAACCUUUAUUUUUUUUAGUUUUUAAAGUACAACAUGAUAGGAGGUUUUAACACAUUUAAACACCCAUCUAAUGUAUUUUGCACAGGCCUGACAUGUAGCCAGAGACUUCUCUUCAGAGUUACUUCUGUCCAUUUAAAUGUGAAGUUUUAAGGCAAUAUGAAAUGAUACGCUUCUCAUUUGACAAAACCAAGAACACCACUGCAUUUUUGCACAAUCUGUAUCACUAGUUAUAUACAGUUAUGACAAAGGUCAUUCAUUUUCUGUUUGUAAAUGACCAGCAUUCUACACCUGCAUGUCAAGAAAAAAAAGAGACACACACUGGCCUCAAUGGCAGGGUUUAAUCAAUCUGAUAAUGAGAAACCCUCAUAAACAGUCAACAGAGUGGAGUACUGCCUUUCAUACUUUGUUUAAAAAAAAAAGAGAAAAAAAAAGAAAAAGAAAGAAAGAAAAAAGGAAAAAAAAAAACCUCAACCAGCCAGUCUUUGAAAAUAAUUUCAUUACGGUUGACUGUGUUUCAUUAAAUGUAUGGUGAGGUGGUUACAUGAGCAUUGAAUCUGUUAUAAAACUGCUAAAAGAAAUGCAGAUUUAUUCUCUGGAUUACUAAAAAAAAUAAUGCUUGAUAACUGUAACUGAUGAUGCCAUUCAAUGUAAUAUAUUACUCCUCAGCACUGGUUGCAGGCAACAGUUUAAAGGUGAACUUAGUGCUAAAUAUACUUCUGGGAAAGCUUCCUGGAGAUGAGUUGAAUUGUGCAAUACUGUACAGAACUGUGAGAACUCACAUAAUUGCAAUACAUGGAUGACCAUAGGAAUGUAGGAAACAGCAACUGUGAGUGGUGGACUGGAACACACCAUAGUGAGAUGCACUGCAGAGGAAUAAUGUUAGCCCUGCGAGUGGAAAAGCCCUGCUAGCCUGCGACACUGAGUCGGACCAAAGCGAUUGGAGCCGAAUGGCUGAAGCUCCGACCGGCAGCUCUGCUCACAGACCUGCAGUGUUGCUGCUUGCAGGGCUGAGAAUCAGGGCAGCGAUUUUCAUUAGCUUUUUGAAAAGAGCUAAAAAUCUGAGUACUAUUAUUACUGCUUUUUCAUAUUGACACAACUAUUACAACUUUCAAGACCGUGCGAUUCCCAUUUAAAAGUCAAAAAGGAGAUUAAUCUGAUACUGACAUGAUUAAAGUAGCUUGAAGAGCCACUAUAUUACAUAGAGUAUGUUAAUAUUCUGUAGAUUUAGCCAAAGUUUAUCUUGAAUUCUGUUUAAAAAGCUAAUGCAAACUGCCACCCCUGCAUUUAUCUCACUGCAGGUAACAUUUUUGAGCCUCCUUCUCUGUGCAUGUUUCGAGGAGAGGAGGGAGAGAAAGCGAGCUGUGGUGUAAGACACGUGAAAUUGCACUAAAAAAAUCACAGUUGUAUGAUAUUUGAGAGUAUACAGUACAUUUUAGACAUAGCAUUUAUCCUUGUUCCUCACAAUAAUAUGAGUGUUCAUGAUUUUUUUUUUUUUUUUCCAAAAGAGUGAUGGAUACACACAUUCAGUUGCUGUUGUGUUCUUAAUUUAUUCUGUUUUUCCAUUUAAUCAUUUGCACUGGAAAUGAACGGAUGUGUGUUCAAAUGACAUUUAUGCUUGUCAGGAUUGCAGAUAGAUAACAAAGUAUUUUUGUUCCAUGAGUGAAUAGAUCUCUGCUGUAACAAAGCCUGGCAUCUCAAAAGCAACUCUGCACUAUGAACGGACAUAAAAAAAACAAAGAGAGCUGCCCACUACAUACAUUGUAUAUACACAUCAUAUUUAACAUAUAUCACCAAAAAAAAAGAAAAUCCCUUUCCUGUUGCAACAAAGACACGAUCUUAGUGCUCAGAUGCUUUUGAAAGUGGGCCACGAUCUGCUGAAAAUGUGAAUUGUUUUAAAUGGCUUUUUGCAAAGACUAAAGUGUAUUGUUACAGAGAGUCAAAUAAACUGAA